UGUAAUGAUGCUUUCCCCAGUUGCAAAAUUGAAGCAGCUUCCCAUUAUAAGAACGUUUGUGAAAUCUACUCAGUACUUUCAGCAAAGCAGAUUCACGUGCCAACGAGCAUCAUGCCCUGAAAAUCCAUCAGCUGGAGUUUCAGAAGAGGACCAACUUAAAGAUUUCGGAUCAUACGUUGCGGAAUGUUUACCCAAAUACGUGGAGUUGAUUCAAAUGAACCACUGCAAAGAAUUGGAAGUGAUGGUGGUACCUGAUGGUUUGAUACCGGUACUUGAGUUUCUCAAGAAUCAUCAAAGCAGCCAAAUGCAGUGUCUCAUGGAUAUCUGUGCGAUCGACGUGCCUUCCAGGCCUAACCGAUUCGAAGUUAUCUACAACUUGCUCUCGCUUAGAUUCAACUCGAGGGUGCGUCUUAAAACGUACACGGAUGAACUUACGCCAGUCGAAUCUGCAACCUCCGUCUACAAGUCGGCAGAGUGGCUUGAACGGGAGGUCUGGGACCUACACGGAGUGUUUUUCGCGAACCACCCGGAUUUACGUAGAAUUAUGACCGAUUACGGCUUCGAAGGGCAUCCUUUGCGUAAAGACUUUCCCGUAAGCGGAUACGUGGCAGCUAGAUAUGACGACGAAAAGAAACGGGUGGUUGUGGAACCCGUGGAGUUUAGCCAAGAGUUUCGCCGAUUCGAUUUGAGUUCACCGUGGGAAGAGUUCGGUAGCUUUAGGAGAGAUUCUUCGAGCAAACAUGAGUAA